CUCUACUUUGCUUUAAUCUCACACUUUGAUAAUCUGUUAUUUAGGUCGUUUUACAUGGAUCAAGGCUCUUCUUGAAGAUGAAUGGUUAUUAAGCGUCUUACUUAAGGGAAGCUGAGAAGUCACUGGAUGAGGCAAAGAAUACCAGCAGUAAUGGCAGAUGAUUUUCUCUACAAUGGAGGUUUGGAGUCAGCACAGAAUUCCCAACCUGAUGCAAAUUGGACUCCUAAUGGUUCUGAUUACUCAACUAACCCUCCUGAAUUUUCAAAUUCACACAGUGAAAAUUGGCAGAGCCCUGAGUUGGAGGAUCUAGAUUACUAUAACCCCAUCGAGCCCCCACCACUGGACUGGAGGUCCGACUCUUCCAGCGAGGCCGGUGCAGUUGUAGAACUUGAAAGUUGUUCGGUGGGAGAUUUUGAGGCUUCUGGAUCUUUCAACACGGAGUUGAAUGAAGACACAGUGUCUGCACAGGACGAGCAGCAAGAAACAAAAGAGAAUUAUGUCGAGGACAGAGAUAGAAAAUUGAGGAAUCAAGAAAUGAAAAAAGAGAAAAUUGAAGAAAAAUGUGGGAAACAUGAUAUUGACCACUUGCACAUUCAAAGUCUCCUCACUCAGCUCCAUCUUUUUCAUCCAUCACCAACUAAUCCUGCCCACUGCACACCUGAUGAAUUAACCAAACAGGGCGCUCCGCUUAAUUCGUAUACUCCAGCGGAGGCCGCUGCUUCCUCCUUGCAAGACCUUGAGUUCAAUGUCCAGUCAGCAUGUGCAGAUGCAGAUAGAAACAUCCCUGAGGCUUUGCUCUUUUCACAUGAGUAUCAGAAAGAUCUACUACAGCUGCUAGAGCAGCCAGAGCCUGAAGAACCCAGAACUGCCCCACUGUUUGUUCACACACCCCUGGUGACCCCCGGACAUCAGUCAGGG